AUUUAAUUAUAAAUAAGUUUAAUUUUGUAUAUAUGUAUAUAUAAAAAUACAAUUAGUUGUUUUUAUUAACAUUUUUUGAUUAUUUUGGAUAAAUUGUAACGUUUAAAUUAUAAUUUAAUAAAUGCGGAGAUAUGUUGUACACGUGGCCAUUUUAUUGGCAGAAGAUUGUUUCGAAAACCAAGCUUCAUUUCAUACGGACUUUUUCAUUUAAUAUAACUAUUAAAAUAAAGAAAAGUGGAUCUAUACUUUUAAAUACAAAUAAAAAAAUUAAGCAUUUCGAAAAUAAUUUUAUUUCAAGUGUAAAAUUAUUGUCUACAAAUAUGAGUGAAGAUAUUUCUUUAUUUACUUUACCAAAUAAACAACCGAUAAUUGCAUUAGAAUGUGAUACUGCAUUUAAUGCUUUAACAAAAAAUGAAAAAUUAUAUGCACAUUAUUUAAGUCAAGCUGCAUGGAAUGGUGGUCUUAUUGUAUUUGUUCAAACUUCUCCAGAAUCACCGUUAAUAUUUGCUCUACUACAUAAAAUCUUCAUAUCUGAAACAAUAAAUGAAUUGAAAAAUUCUGCAUUUAAUGUUAAUAUUAGUGAAGAUGAAUUUAUAGCAUUUUUAGUGUAUUCAUGUGGAAUUUUUGCAAAUGCUGGUAAUUAUAAAUCUUUUGGUGAUAGUAAAAUAAUUCCAAAUUUACCUAAGGAUAAAUUUGAAACUAUAAUAAAAGUUUCAAAAGCAUAUAAAAAUAAUUCCAAAAACAUUGAAGAAAUUUGGAAUAAAAUUCAAAAUAUAAUAUAUUCUAUUAAAGGAAAAUUAAAAUCUCUAGGAUUGAAUGAAAAGGGAAUUACAACUUAUUUUUCUGCUAAUUGCACAGAAAAAGAUGCAGAGUUAGUUAAUGAUUUUAUGCAAAGUAAAGGAUUAGAAUGUUAUAAUACAAGGUGCUUUAAAAUAGCAAAUGAUCAAAAUGAUUGUAAAUUUGAUAUAUAUGAAAUUAGAUUAGCUUCUGUGGAAACCAAUAAUGAUUCUAAUAUUACUUUAUCAGAAGAAGUAUUUAAAAAUGCAAAAUUUAGAAUUACAAGAGGAGAUUACAGUAAACUUCUGAUUCCAGUUGUUCAUAAUCUUCAAAAAGCAAAAGAAUAUGCGGUAAAUGAAAUUGAAAAAAAUAUGUUAAAUAAAUACAUAGAACACUUUAAAACUGGAUCUUUACAAGAUCACAAGGAUGGUUCUCGUUUAUGGAUUAAAGACAAAGGACCAGUUAUAGAAACUUACAUAGGUUUUAUUGAAACUUAUAGAGAUCCAGCAGGUCAAAGAGGAGAAUUUGAAGGAUUUGUAGCAAUGGUAAAUAAAGAAAUGUCCAAAAAAUUUGCUACAUUGGUAACUAAUGCAGAAAAAUUUAUACCAAAACUCCCGUGGGGUAAAGAUUUUGAAAAAGAUGAAUUUCUAAGACCUGAUUUUACUUCAUUGGAUGUUUUAACAUUCUCGGGAUCUGGUAUUCCUGCAGGUAUAAAUAUCCCAAAUUAUGAUGAAAUUAGGCAAUCAGAAGGAUUUAAGAAUGUUUCUUUGGGUAAUGUAAUUCCUGCAAAUAUGAAAUUAGAUGUAAUACCAUUUUUAUCUGAACAUGAUCAAACUUUGAUGAAUACUUAUAGAGUAGCUAGCUUUGAAGUGCAAGUUGCUUUGCAUGAACUUCUUGGUCAUGGAACAGGUAAACUAUUGAAACAAUUGGAAUCUGGUUUAUAUAAUUUCAAUAUUGGAAAAGUAAAAAAUCCUUUAACUGGAGAAUUAAUAAAUAAAUAUUUUUUACCUGGUGAAACAUAUGAUUCGAAAUUUGGGUCAUUGGGAUCAUCUUAUGAGGAAUGCAGAGCAGAAGCAGUUGGAUUAUAUUUAUCUUUAGAAAAAGAUAUAUUAAGUAUAUUUGGAUAUGAAGGUUCUGAAGCAGAUGAUAUAAUAUAUGUAAAUUGGUUAUGUCUAUUAUGGACUGGUUGUGCAAAAGCUUUAGAAAUGUAUCAACCAUCAACUGGGAAAUGGCUGCAAGCUCAUUCUCAAGCAAGAUAUGUUUUACUUAGAGUUUGUUUAGAAGCUGGCAAUGAUUUUGUUGAUGUUGUAGAAUCUGAGCCUGGAAAGAAUUUAUUAUUAACUGUUAAUAGAACAAAAAUUUUAACAGUUGGUAAAAAAGCAAUUGGAGAUUUUUUAACUAAAUUACAAAUUUAUAAAAGUACAGGUGAUAUUGAAGCAGCCAGAAAAAUGUAUGAAAAAUAUAGUGAAGUACCUGAAAUAGAACCACAUCCAUGGGCACGUUGGAGGGAUAUAGUUUUAGCUCACAAGGAACCCCGAAAGAUAUUUGUUCAAUCUAAUACAUUCGUUAAUGAUGAAAAUGAAGUACAAUUGAAAAAUUAUGAACCCAAUUUUGCUGGAUUGAUUCAAUCUUGGAUAGAAAGAUUUCCUUCUACAGAUAUUUCGCAAACACUUAUUGAAAUUAUGGAAAAAGAUAAACAACAUUUUAUAUUCGAAGAUAAUUAACUAUUUAAUACAAAUAUUACAAAAAUAUUUUUUGUUUUUUUGAUAUAUAUUGUAACAUUUGUAUAUGUAUAUGUG